AUGGGAUUCAUUCCGGGAUCCAACGGCUUUUACGCAUGGACCUUAUAUGCAGUUGACCAAUAUCCGAAUGGGUCUGCAGAUAGUGUGGGAUACUGGGCUGAAGCCAGAAUAUUCGGUGGCGUCAUUGUGUUUGAUAGAGGUGAGGAUGGUACUGAGAGUCGACAUCUAUACUUCCACGGUUGCCGCAGCGAUGGACCACGAACGAUAUACCCUCCGACAGACCAGCAAUUCGAACAAAUGAUUCAAUUCCUUCUUGACGAAAGUGAGAGUCAUGAUAACCCGUUUCCUAUCCUAGCAACACCGCAGAACCGUUGGCGCUGGGAUCCGUGGGAUGCAAUGGCGCGCUACAAUAUCUACCGUGAUAGAUUUGAGCGUAAAAUUAGCCCCAGUAAAGGGAAGCCAUGCGUUCUGAACUCCAUUGACUGGCCCGAAAUCAAGGAUGACCUAUAUCUCAUCAAUGCUAUGCAUGAGCGGUUGGAGGGAAAGUCGGUGGAUGAAGAGGAGAUCGCUGCGGCUAAAGAGGGGAUAACCAAGAUUACUCCAUCAUCGCCGUUAUGGUCAGACCAAGGACAGCGGACAUACCAGGGAAUAUAG